AUGGACGCGUCGGCGGCAGAGGGCGGCGACGGGCCCGGCAGCUGCAGCGGCCAUGAGAGGCGGGCCAAAAAGCGCCUCAUCGUGUGCUGCGACGGCACGUGGAUGAACAGCGCGUAUGGGUACGUCAAGCCGGGCCUGCUCAACGGCCGGGGCGGGCUGCAGGUGCCGUCCAACGUGACGCGCAUCUCGCGCUGCUUCAAGCGCCGGUGCAGCGACGGCACGCUGCAGAUCAUCAGCUACGGGUCGGGCGUCGGCAGCGGGAGCAAUGCGCUCGACAGCAUCACGGGGGGUGCGUUUGGCGUCGGGCUGGCCGAGCGCGUUCGCGAGGCCUACUCGUACCUGUGCGCCCACUACCGUGAAGGCGACGACAUCCUCCUCGUCGGCUUCUCGCGCAGCGCCUUCACCGCCCGCUCCGUGGCCGGCCUCAUAUCCAACCUGGGCCUGCUGACGCGUGAGGGCGUCGAGCACUUCUGCCCCAUCUUCAAGGACAUGCAGAACUGGCUGGAGGACGACUACCGCGACCCCUUUCCCAAAGUGCCCUUUCCGCAGAAGCCAAAGGGGCCCCAGGCGGCCGCCGUCUACCGCGCCCGGCUGGCCGAGAUGGGCCACACGCGCAUCCACCAGCAGAGCGGCCGCCUCAUCACCGUAAAGGCCGCACUCGCCCUCGACGAGACGCGUGCGCCCUUUAGCCCUGCCGUGUGGGAGCGGCCGCAAGAGGCCGGGCUCAGCACCAAGCUGAGGCAGGUCUGGUUUCCGGGAAACCAUGGUAAUUGCGGUGGCGGCUGGAAAGACCAGGGGCUUGCCAACUGCACCCUGGCUUGGAUGAUGGAUCAAAUGGCCAGCGUCGGAGUCGAGUUUGACAUACAGUCGCUGGACCGAGUCAUCAAGCAAUCCUCAGACCUCUACCACCACGUGCCAGAGAAUGCCUUCAAGUUAGAUUGCAUAUUAGGCUCCCGAAAACAACCGAGGUGGGCCGUCGACUGCAUCUACGAGGAGAACUGGCCGGAGCGCCCGUGGGGCCUCGGAGCCAUGCGCAAGGUCUCGAGCGUCAUCUUCAAGCUCUCGGGCGAGACGACGCGGACGCCGGGCUUGUACAGACAAAUCGACCCCCGAACCAAGGUCGACAAGAGGGGCUUCCUGCAGGACACCAACGAGAGCGUGCACAGCUCGGUCCGGACGCGGCUCGCGUGCGAGGGCCUCGGGCUCAACGACAAGGCGAGCUGGACCUGUCCGGCGCUAUCCGGCUGGCGGCUCCGGCGGGGAGGUGAGCGCGACUGCGACGGGGAGGCGUUGGAGGGGCGAUGGGUGUGGAGUUUCGCCAGGGGCGAGACGGAUGGGCCUGCGGAUCCGGGCCAGAGAACCAUGCGGGAGGAGCCGCUCGGGCGGUACGAGAGACAUCUGCUGAAAGAGUCGGGAGGGACGCCAAAUGUGUACGACUAUGCGCGGAGGCGGGCGAGUUGGAGCAAGAAUGGGGGCUUUGGCGUGGGCGUGAUGAUGCUGAUGAUGAGAGAGUGA